AUGGCCACAACCAAAACCCUCUCUCUACCACAUCUCCUCCUCCUUUCUCUCAUCGCCGCCGCCGCCGCCGCUUCCUUCUCUCCAACCGAUCACUUCCUCGUGAACUGCGGCUCCAGCGCUGCCCAGACCUUGGAUGCCGACCACCGAGUCUUCGCAGGCGACGACCCGCGCUUCCUCGCGUCGACCCAGACGCUCCAGCUCGAGAGCUUAGAUCCGCCUUCUCCGCUCUACCGCACCGCUCGAGCCUUCACCCACCCCGCGCAUUACGUCUUCCCCAUCACAGAUCGCGGCGUUCAUCACCUCGAAUUCGCCAUCCCGGUCGACUCCGGCGAGUUGAAAAUCACGUUUCUGCCCUCCGAUAAAUCCGGAUUCGCGUUCGUGAACGCGAUUGAGGUGAUAACCGCUCCGAUUGACCUAAUUGCUGACGUGGCGCAGCUCGUGGACGCCGAGAAAAACGAGAGGAUUCAUGGAUUGCUGAGGAGCGGUUUCGAGACUGUGCAUAGGGUGAAUGUUGGGGGAUUCAAAGUGACGCCGUUUAACGAUUCCCUGUGGAGGACUUGGAUUACAGAUGAUGAGUUCUUCAAUUCGAUCGAGGGUUCCGAAACGGUUCACUUUGGGGGCAUAAUCAAGUACCGAAACGGCGGGUUAAGCCGAGAAGUGGGGCCGGAUAAUGUGUACAACACAGCGAGGGUGAUUCGGAGCAAAGAUAGCUCGAUUCCGAAAGUGAAUUUGACAUGGUCGUUUCAAAUCGAGAAGGGUUAUAGUCACAUGGUGCGUAUGCAUUUCUGUGAUAUAGCAAGUGUCUCCACAUACAUGUUGUAUUUCAAUGUGUAUGUGAAUGGCAACCUAGCAUAUGAGAAUGUGGAUUUGACGCAAAGCACCGAUGCGAUCCUGGCCUCGCCGUUCUAUGCUGACUUCGUGGUGGAUGAGGGGAGCUCGGGGAGCUUGGACGUGAGCGUGGGGCCGUCGAACAUGAGCUGGCCGCGGGCAGUUGAUGCCAUUCUCAACGGGAUUGAGAUAUGGAAGCUGAAUAACACGAUGGGGAGCUUUGGCGGAGAGGUGUGCCGAUUCCGUGUGGAGGAGCUGGAGGACAGGGCACACUAG